GGGAGGGAAGGGAAGGGAAGGGAAGGGAAGGGAAGGGAGCGAGCGGGGCCGCGCAGGGGCAGGAGGCUCGGCGCAGAGCGGGUUUUUGCAGGGACAGCUGGGGCCCGCGACGCGGUCAGGAUGUGACAUCACCGACGGGGAAAAAACCUCUCGGCCCGAGUUUCUUUAAUGAAACGCCGGCGAGGGCCGGUGCGCGCCUCCCCUCCCGGCACGGCGCUGGUGCCAGCCAGAUAGAGACGCGAUGGGGCGUCCGGAGAGGGUCUGACUGCCCCGCUUGGGUUUUUUUUGUUUUGUUUUUUGGUUUUUCUUCAGUAAGAGAGCAGAAACGGCAGCGGAAGGAUUUCGUGCUGGCGCUUGGAUCUGCUGCGGGAUGAGGGAGUAGGGACUCACUACUGAGCCACAGCCAGUGGGGAAGCUGAGGCAGUGAUGAUCGUUCGCAGAGACUGUUGUGCUCCAAGCUGAAAUCUCCAUCCCUGAAGAUCCUAGCCUUGGAGUUUACUUUGUGCUGAGUCUCUGCCAUAAUCCUGGCCAGCCCACCCCAUGAUGGCUUUGUGCCUCAAACAAGUCUUCAACAAAGACAAAACAUUUCGUCCCCGGAAGAAAUUUGAACCCGGCACUCAACGUUUUGAACUGUACAAGAAAGCUCAGGCGUCCCUGAAGUCUGGGCUGGACCUGAAAGCCGUGGUGCAGUUGCCUCCCGGGGAGAGCAUCAACGACUGGAUCGCGGUGCAUGUAGUGGACUUCUUCAACCGUAUCAACCUCAUCUAUGGGACCAUGUCGGAGUACUGUACGGAGAAGAGCUGCCCGAUCAUGUCAGGUGGGCUCAAGUAUGAGUACAGGUGGCAGGAUGACAACAAGUACAAGAAGCCGACUAAGCUGUCAGCCCCGCAGUAUAUGUGUAUGCUGAUGGACUGGAUUGAGAUGCUCAUUAACAACGAGGACAUCUUCCCCACCAGGAUAGGUGUUCCCUUCCCCAAGCAGUUCCAGCAAGUUUGCACUAAGAUCCUCACCCGCCUCUUCCGUGUCUUUGUCCAUGUCUACAUCCACCACUUUGACAGCAUCAUCAACAUGGGUGCUGAAGCUCACGUCAACACCUGCUACAAGCACUUUUACUACUUCAUCAGAGAAUUCAGCCUUGUUGACCAUCGGGAGCUGGAGCCUUUGAAAGAAAUGACAGAACGAAUUUGCCACUGAAGUGAUUUCGGCAGGCAAACUCAGCUAGCUCGUUCAGAGUCCAGUGGGGCAAGACACCAUGUCGUGGGAGACCUGUUCCGAAGGACUCGCUCUGGUCAUUUCAGUCCACCAAAUAUGAACAUUGCAGAAGAGCCUCUUCAGGCCAGGGCUGAUUCCUAAGCAUGUUCAACAUCUCUGGACAGUUUUUUUAAAUAGAUCCCAGUCUCUGUCAUGUGGCUACUGUCUUAGAAAGCUACCGACUACUGGAGAACAAGGCAAGUUUGGCUGACUUUACACACUCUGGUCUCUAAGACCUUAGCCCUAUGUCUGGUGGUAUCCUUUCAGCUACCCUUCCUCUUGUUUUGUCCUCAGCUAUAUCAAUCCCUGAGUAUUUUGUUAGUGAUUUCUGCUCACAGGGUGCUGUGAUCCUGGUAGCAAAGAUCACCCGUGAGCAGGUGUGAACUAGGCUACUGAGUAAUGCUUGUUAUUAUUCCCACAUGGACUGGGUUUAUCCCAUCUGAGGUCAGCUCUGCAAAGUGGUAACAUUUGAUCCCAACUGCCUUCAUGAGCAGCAUUUCCUGACAUGUAUUGGUUCAAAACCAGAAGAUGCUGUCUGUAGAAAUUGUUGUCUUCCCAUUAUCCAACCAUGCAUCAUAGUUAAUUAGGCUGGGAGGGACUUCUAGAGACAUCUGAUCUACCUUGUUCUUCCAAAAAGGCAAGAUCCACUCUACUUAAACUUUGUUGACUGGGAUUUCUUUAACCUGAGAAAGAAACCAUACCAUCUCUACCUGAUCUGUGCCCUUAUUCCCUUGAAAGGCAUUAGUAUCACACCUUAAAAUUUCUCCCCCUUAUGCUUAUAAUGCCUCUUAACCAUUGCUGUGUUCCCUGUGACAUCCUCCUUUUGACAAGAACUGAAAUCUUUUUUAUUAUUAUUUUGGGGAGUUAAAACCAAAUUGUCUGAGCCACAAUGUUGUUAUGUUUGUGCUUCCUGGCCUUUUUCUGGAAAGGUUUUGUAUACUACACACAGCCAAUAUUUAUAAUGAGGGGUUUGCCCACUUUUCAGGAAGGGAGGGGGUUUGGCUAGAAAAUGUAAAUAUUAUGCCAGCAUUAAACUGCACAAAUGGAUUUUUAGUGAUCAAAGCACUUAUUUUGUUGUGAAAUUUAUUUUUUUUAAUUUUGUGUACCAGAUGUAUAUUUUUACAUGGAAAUAAAAAGGAGCAAAAUGGAGACAAAAACACCCAAUACAUCAUUCCAAUAAUUUCUGUGUAAAAUAAUCUGUAAAGGUCCAAACAUUUUGGUCUGUUACUAAUUAAAGAAACAUGAAUGAG